GCCACACUGCCUGUGAGCAUUACCUCCGUUUGAUUCCUAUCUAUUUGCGUUGUUUGACAACAACGGCGACGAUAGGUAAUUUACCGUUAAUGUGGGUUGUUGCAUUCAGCAACAACCAUUUCGUUCGAAUCGUCAAAUAGGUUAAUAAGUACAUAUCGUCAGUGAAAUAAGUGUAUAUAACACUGCACCACACAGACAAAGAAAAGUGAAGAUUAUUCGGGCGUGUUGAGUAGCAUUGGGUGUGUCAUAAUGAAGACUGUUCAUUCAAUUUUGGUGUUCGCCUUUUUACAAAUAGUUAAGGGUCAGCGUACACCAACGAUAUCUUACAUUACUCCAGAACAAAUUAAAGAUAUCGGGGGAACUGUAGAGUUUAGUUGUUCUGUUCAAUAUGCGCAAGAUUAUCCAGUUAUAUGGACAAAAAUUAAUAAAGAUAUCGCAAAUGACCAACUACCUCUUUCGCAUGGUAGCUCUUUAAUUAUAAGAGACACUAGAUUUGCACUUAGGUACGAUGAAGCUACAUCUAGCUUUUUAUUGCAGAUAAAAGACAUACAAGAAACCGAUGCCGGAUUUUAUCAAUGUAAAGUUUUAAUAUCUUUAAAUAAUUAUGUAACUGCAAACGUUGAACUGCAAGUUCGCAGACCACCUAUUAUUAGUGAUAAUUCAACCAGAUCUGUAGUUGUUAGCGAGGGACAACCUGUGCAACUUGAAUGUUACGCAGGUGGAUUUCCCUCACCUAGAAUUUCAUGGCGCAGAGAAAAUAAUGCUAUUUUGCCGACUGGUGGAUCAAUUUACCGUGGCAAUACAUUGAAAAUUCCCGCAAUUCGUAAAGAAGAUCGUGGAACGUAUUAUUGUGUUGCUGAAAAUGGAGUAGGACGUGGAGCUAGACGUAAUAUCAACGUCGAAGUUGAAUUUGCACCUGUGAUCACAGCGCCUAGACCUCGUCUUGGCCAAGCCUUACAAUAUGAUAUGGAUUUGGAAUGUCACGUAGAAGCUUAUCCUCCGCCAGCUAUUAUGUGGUUAAGGGAUGAUAAUGCAUUGUCCAAUAAUCAACAUUAUAGCAUAUCACAUUUUGCCACUGCAGACGAAUAUACAGAUACAACAAUCAGAGUGAUUACAAUUGAGAAAAGACAAUAUGGAGAAUAUGUGUGCAGAGCUGCUAAUAAAUUAGGAACUGCGGAAACAAAAGUUGAAUUGUUUGAAACUACAGUCCCUGUGUGUCCACCAGCUUGUGGUCAAGCCCGUUAUGGGACUGGAGUAGUGCCUGUCUCUUCAGCACCUAUGGUAGUCUUAGUUUUAUUUAUUACAGUUGUUAUGAGAAAUUUUUACACCAAAUAUUAAUUACCCUGGACUUCGGUGGGCAACAGCAAGUCAAUGCAGCUUGUCGAAGUGGCUGCUGAUAGUACUGUGGUUCAUCAUUCUUAAUAGAUAUUAGGAAAGAUCACGAAUAACUUUA